CUUGCCUCCAAGGUAUUCUACAGAUAUAUGCAUUAAUAUAAUUAUAUUCAGCUUUAACGGCUAAACCGAACCCUUCUGAGAUGGAGUCAGAAAGAUGUCUUUACCUCGCUAGGACGGUGGUUCUAUUCGUAAUACUGGCCGAACUUGCUGUCAGUCAGAACCAAAACUACUGGGAAGACACACGAACUGGGAAGAUCCCCGCCUGUCUGACUACGACAUGCCGACAAGGUCACGAUGUCUGUGAGUGUUAUCUCACAAUUGAACACCGUUUAACUAUGAUGCAUGAAGAAGAACAAUCCUUGGUGAUUCCAUUACGGGGUCUUCUGUUUGAGUACGAUAAAACCAACACGCCCAUAGAAAACACAGAUGAAUUGCCCUUUAUCUUGACGGCGGAUGGCAACAACUCUCGACUUGUUAUAGCUGUAAAUCGACGAUUUCCGGGCCCACAGAUCACGGCGUACGAGGAUCAGACUUUGAUCAUCCAUGUCCGGAACCUGAUGCACACAGAUAGUACUACGAUACACUGGCAUGGUAUGCAACAAAAAGGGACUCCAUACUCCGACGGUGUCGCCUUUGUUUCUCAAUGUCCGCUAGGACACGGUCAGGAAUUCACGUACAAAUUCAAAGCAAAACCUCAUGGGACAAGCUUCUACCACGCACAUAUUGCAGAUCAGCGGACAAUGGGACUGUAUGGGGCGCUCAUCAUCUAUCCCAAACAGGAGCUUCCUUCGGCAACUAAAUCAGAACACGUGACGAUGCUUCAGGACUGGAACCAUGACGAUGAUGCUGCCUCUUUAUACCAACGUAUGCUGUACGGCGUCUUCUAUCAAUCGAGACGAGCUCGGUACGAGCCUACAGCUUCUAAAGAUGGGGGAAUGUACAGCAGAUUUUUGUUUCACUCUGGUCUUGUGAAUGGAAAAGGCCGUUACUACAUAAAUAGUUACAAUCACAACCAGGCUCCCUUGACCCAAUAUGACGUCAUUAGGAACAAGUGGUACACUUUCAGGGUUAUCAGUGCAGCGACCCUUUACCCCUUUCUUGUUUAUGUUACUGGCCAUCCUAAACUCACGCUUACCGCAUCGGACGGUUUCGCAAUUCAGGAAAUCGUUGUGGACGCCUUCAUUAUCAACCCUGGAGAGAGAUAUGAUUUCAAGAUAUUUACGAAUCAGUCCAAUGGAAAUUACAUGCUUGUAGCUAAGACACUGGAAAAAGACCAAUUCCAUGUAGCGGAGGCUAUAAUUCACUAUCGAAGCGCAACCGUUAACGUCAAUCCAGGCAAACCUUUAUCUCUCAACUGCUCCAUGAAUAACAAAUGUAAGAUUUUCAACUGUCCAUACCUUAGUCCUGUCAAUGGUGACGAGGACUGUUUGACGUAUAAUGAUGCACGGACAAACGAUUUCAAUUCGAAACCAGACGAGGUUGCUACUAUCGAUCAGGAAUACUUCUUUAACUUUGCUUUUCCAGGAGAGGCAGGCGAUACUCCUGCAUCAGUGAAUGGGCGCCAAUUCGUACCGCCUAUCGCACCACUGUACUCACAACCUGGUAACCUUACAACUGCCUGCCCUGCUAACUGUGCUGACAAUAACCUCUGUUCCUGUACAUACACACAGCAAAUUCUAUACGGAAAGGUUUACCAGUUCACACUGACCAACCUCGGGAACGGAAAAGGUUGGUCACACCCGGUACAUUUACAUGGACAUUCGUUUUAUGUCAUGAAGAUGGGUUUCGGCCAGUACAAUUCCAGCGGACACCUUAUUGGUUCAACGCCAGACAUAUCGUGUGCUCAAGGAUCUAAAGGCUUCUGUAACGAUCCCGUGUGGGCUAACACGUCCUGGAAUGGAGGCAACAUCCCUGGGCUUAUCCUCAACAAUACAGCACAGAAAGACACCAUCAUCGUCCCUACUGAUGGCUACGUCGUCAUCAGAUUCAAGGCAGACAACCCAGGGGCCUGGUUCUUCCAUUGUCACAUCGACCUCCACAACACGAACGGAAUGGGGAUGGUGAUCGUCGAGUCGCCGAAUAUGUAUCCCGCCAUACCAAAGAAUUUCCCUACUUGUGGAGUAUUUCGAACAGAUGGAAAUCCGCUACCCACGGAAUCAGGAACCGAUCCUACCCGGAAUGUCAACUGGAUCCUGGUUUGGAUGGCCGUAUCUGCAAUCACAAACCAGUUUAGUGUGUAACAUGUACACGACAAUCUAGAGAGAGAAAGUCAUAUACGUUCAUAAUUAUUAACAAAAGUCCUACAAUUGAAAAUAUGAUAUAAUUUUCAUAAAAAAUGAAUACAAUCGAAUAAUCAACACUGUCUUCAAUAACAUAAAUACAUGCAUCAUCAAUCAUAUUGAAUGAACGACACAACACCACGGUUUAUUGGAUCAGGGUUUACUAACAGGGACUACACACGGGAGCGACGUUGAUUGCAUUUCGUUUGGGACAUGCGCAGUCGUGACGUACAACAACCGAUUCAAGCCGAGCGACGGAUUUGCUGCAUAAAAAUAAAAACAACAAAUCAAUGCCAUAGAUUGCAUAUAUUUUUUGAUGAUGUAAUACGUAGGUAAUUUACUAUCAUUUUAUAUUUAAAUGUAAAUCAUUUUUUUAUAGUUUUGUAUAACUAAUCGCAAACAUAUAUAAAUCAAACUACUUGUGUGAAAUGAAACAAAUUGUAUACCUUUUGGUAUCACAUGAUUAGAAAUUAAAAAGUGAAAACGA